AUGGCCACGCCACUCAUGACCAGGUCUCCGACCUGCCUCACCUGCCUCCGAAGAAUCAGCCAAACAAUUUGCAGCGGCAGCCCGGCGUCGCUUACCCAAGUGCGCGGCAAGAAAACAUCCGGCCGGCCGACUGAUCGAGGCGUCCUGGUGCGCCUGCUCGAGGAUGUUCCCAAGUUUGGCCGGAAAGAUACAAUCUUCCGCACCGAGCGCGGCCGUAUGCGCAACAUUUGGUACCCACGGAAACAGGCCGAGUACAUGACCACUGCUCGCUUCGCCGAGCUGGGACUGACCAACGAUUCCAUCGGUGAACGGGACCCUCUUUUUGGAGUCUCUUUUGCGCGAGAGGGAGUUGAGGAGACCGAAGAGGUCGAUGCCGCAGCUCGACCAAUGGUUGAGGGCGUGUCUCCUCAACGCGCUCACGAACUCCUAUCCACCAUCCUGCCCGAGACGAUUGUCUUCCGGCGCAAGCUGAUCCACCCUCCCUCCGCACCCGCCGCCGCUCCCACAGCGAACACGCCUUCCGCGCCGCGGUCGCCCCUGCUCGCCGCCCAAGCAGCCGUCUCCGCCGCCUCGCGGCCGACAGACCUGCCCGAGCCCAACUACGAGCCCACCGAGAAGACCGAGGCGGUCGACCCGACGGCCGCGCUCGCCAUCUUCGGCUCCGUGUCGACGACCGACAUUGCCGCCGCGAUCAAGGAGAUCCUCGUCCAUGACACGGAGGCCGCGCGCAUCAUGCUGGACGGUCGGGACGUCCGGUUCGUUGGGAUGGAGGACGGUGCCGACAGGGUGAAAAUGCUGGGCAGAUGGGAGGUGGAGAUCAUCCCGAGGGGCGAGGCUUCUGGCUUGGAGUCUGUGAAGAAGGUGGUGGAGGUCAUUGCUGAGAGCGAGUGA